AUGGUUUGGACAUCCCACUGCACAUUUUUCAUUAAUAUUUUUGCAAUUCAAAGAAUAAAUUUUCAAAAGGUAAAAAAUAAAUAUCUGAAAAACUUUAAAAUAUAUUUAUAUAUUAAUGUAACUAUUUUAGUGAUAUUCUCAUUACUAUCAAAUUUGAAUGCAGUAAAUGGAGAUAAAAUUGGCUGUAUCGCCAAGUGUGCUAAUGCUAAUCCAGAUUAUUUUAAAUUUUGGGCCAUUGGACACAGUCAAUCAGACAAAUUAAAUUGCAAAAAUAUCAAUGAAAAAUGUGCAGUGGGAUGUCCAAACCAUUAA